AUGGUGUUCAUCCUUUUGUUCCAAUUACUGGUUACGUCUAGCUACUCCCUAGCCAUACCCUCCCUUUACAAGUUCGUUACAACUCCAACCGAACUGCCAGAUGAGCUGGUGUGCUCAGAGGGUGGCAAGUUCUGGCCUGGUCUAGGAGGAUCUGACUCUGACUAUGCCUGGGUAGUAAUGUCCUACAGCCUUUUUGGAAUGGUAGCUGCACCAGUCGCUGGGAUGCUCCUUCACCGACUUCCAUUCACCAUCACAAUGAUCUCCUUUAGCAUCCUCCUGGUUACUGGCGGAAUGGUGUAUGCUCUGGCAAGUAUAAACUCUGCCAUGGCAGAGUUUGAUAUUUCUCCCUACCACUGGCCUGGAUGGCUGCUGGCUGCCCUAACUGCCACUGUUGCCUCUAUCAGCCUUAUUGGUUUUGUUGAGACUCGCUCAAUGCCGCGGGCUAAAGCAUUCUGCCCUUCUGUUGCAUGUCUGAAGAUGGAAACCAAGUUAAGAAGUAGGGUCAAAAAGACCAGCUGCACAUCCUACCUGUUUUUGGUUGGAUGUUCCUUUCUUAUUGGAGCUAGCUACACCAUCUUUACCAGCCUCAUCACUCCUGUUCUGAGUGACCAGUUUGGGUUCAGCAUCAAGUACACAUCGUACUUUUUCGUUGUAGUAUCUACUGCAUACUUUGGAAGCAGUAUUUUACAGUGA